AUGCGUUUUAGGCAGAAACCUGUAGCCUUAGUGGCCGAUAUUGAGGCAAUGUUUCAUCAGGUAAAGGUCAAAGACAGUGAUAAAGAUGCGCUGAGGUUUCUAUGGUGGCCGAAUGGGGACAUUAGUAAAGAACCGAUAGAAUACUGUAUGAACGUGCACCUAUUCGGAGCUACCUCGUCACCUAGCUGUGCUGCAUUUAGCCUGAAACGUACAGCUAGAGAUAACUCUCACGCAUUCAGUGAUGAAACCGUCGGUACCAUAGAACGUAAUUUCUACGUCGAUGAUCUUUUGAAGUCGGUAUCUGACGAAAAGAAUGCUUGCAGACAAAGAUUAGGCUGGGACGAAAAGAUAUCUGAAGCUGAUGCAGAAUGCUGGUCCCACUGGCUAGCCAGUCUGUCGGAAUUGUCAAAGGUGAGUAUUGAGAGAUGUCUAGAACCGAUUGCGUUAGAUAGACAUUCUACUAAGACUGAGCUUCAUAUAUUUAGCGAUGCAUCGGAAAAGGCGUACGGCUCAGCAGCAUAUUUAAAGGUGUACGAUGCAUUUGGCAACAUCAAAUGUAGUUUGAUUAUAGGGAAAUCCAGGCUUGCUCCAAUCAAGACACUGUCCAUACCGAGGCUCGAGUUGGCUGCAGCGGUGCUGGCAGUCAAGUUGUAUCAACUCGUGACUCAAGAACUGGACAUAGAAAUUCAUGACACCAUUUUCUGGACAGACUCUAUGAUCGUACUAGGCUACAUAAAUAAUGUCAAGAAGCGUUUUAAGACGUUUGUGGCGAAUAGACUGUCAUAUAUACAUGAUGUUACGACGCCAAAAGAUUGGAGGUAUGUACCGUCAAAGUUAAAUCCUGCCGAUCUUGCCUCUAGAGGAUUUUAUCCUUAUGAUACGGAUAAACUGUCAUUCUGGUUAAAUGGCCCAAACUUUAUAUUGAAGGACCGAAUUAGUUGGCCAGAAAUUGUUACGAACCUUCCUGUUUCUGAUGAUGAUAUCGAUGUGAAACCGGAAGUAAAUGUCAAUCUUUCACAAGGUAAGCAAUGUAAGGGAAUCGAUGACUUACUGACCAGAUAUUCCGACUGGCACAAACUUCAGCGAGCAGUGGGCUGGUUACUUAGGUUCAAAACUUAUCUUGUAGAGAGAUACUUGCGAGGUAACAAGGUAUCUUAUGCUGCAUCAAAACACCUUACCAUAAAUGAAAUUAGAGCAGCAAAAUCCGCUGUCUUCAAGCUACUACAAAUGGAAAUAUAUGGAGACGAAAUAAGAAGUGUCAUACAGGCAGGUAAUGUAUCUAAAUCAAGUUCACUUGUCAGAUUAAAUCCGCACCAUCGUCCUGAAACACAGCAAAUGGGUCAACUACCAGAAGAGAGACUUAUGCCUGAUAAAGCACCAUUCACGUACGUCGGCGUCGAUUAUUUUGGGCCGAUGACUGUGAAAUCCGGAAGACGGCAUUUAAAGAGGUAUGGUUGUUUAUUUACUUGUUUAACCACGAGAGCAGUGCACAUCGAGAUUGCCCAUAGCUUGGAUACUGAUUCAUUCGUAUGUGCACUUCAACGAUUUAUCGGCCGUAGAGGCAAUCCUGAGAAAAUCUUCAGUGAUAAUGGAACGAAUUUCGUGUCAGGUGAAAGGGUAUUACGAGAUAGUAUUCAGCUAUGGAAUAAUAGUCGACUGACGAAAUUCUGUCAGCAGCGUGAAAUCAAAUGGCAUUUCAAUCCGCCAUAUGCACCACAUAUGGGUGGCGUCUGGGAACGGCUUGUAAGGUCCGCCAAAACAGCAUUAAAAUCUGUCAUUCGCGAACAACUUCUCAACGACGAAGCGCUGUUGACCUUGGUGGUAGAGAUAGAGAAAAUUCUCAAUGAUCGACCAAUCACUCAGAUGGACGCGGGAAUAUUUAUCGAAUUUACAGGUAAGGCAGAAAUGGUAUACACAGCAGAGAAGCGUGGCCGUCAACGACCUUGUACUUGUAUGCAACGAGCCUUCGUUGCGGGUCAGUGGCCUUUAGGCCUCGUUCUUGAUGUAAGUAAGGGACGUGAUGGACUUGUGCGGUCAUGCAAGCAUCCGUAUCAGUUUGCUUACAGUAUGGAGAUGAUUUUUGUGAUCGAUAGUGGUGGGAGUGUUGGUAGUUUUCAUUCCGGAUCACGGCAGCAAGCUACACUAAAUUUACUAGAGCUCAGUUCAGCCACUGCAUCGUUUCUCGACUGGCUCUCAAGCAGUUUCGCAAGGACCUAA